AUGGCGCGCAGCAAACUUAAAUCAGCACUCGACAACGAGAAGGGCCGCAAUAUCAAGCUCGAGAAGCAGCGCAAGCAGGAAAAAGAUGCGCGCAAGCGCAAGGAGCAAAACAAGCCGGCAGAGGACGAUGACUCGGAAGCGGAGGGAGGUGUAGCUCUAGAGCAGGAAGUGAAGGUCUCCUCGAAGAGUGAUGGAAAGGCGAAGAAGGGAAAGGCCAACGGUGUGAAGGCUGCGGCGCCGACAGAAGAGGCUGAAUGGGAGACGGACAGCGAAGACGAGGAAGCCAGCGACGAUGAUGAGGAGGUUCCAUUCGAUCUCUCACGCCUUGAAGACAGCGAAAGCGACGUGAGUGGGGACGACGAAGAGGAUGAGGAGGUGGCGGAGACAUUGGGUGCGGGAGAUGACGAUGAGGAUGAGGACGAAGAGGCGGAAGACGACGAAGAUGGUAUUGCGCUCUCGGAUAUCGAAUCGCUCGCCGAUGAAGACAAAGCCGAUAUCAUACCGCAUCAGCGCCUCACCAUCAACAACACCGCUGCCCUCACCGCAGCUCUGAACCGCAUCAAGCUGCCCUACUCGAAGCUCGCCUUCUCGGAAUACAUGUCGCUGACGACUGAUGAGGAUGUCGAGAUUGAAGACGUGGACGACGAUCUCAACCGCGAAUUGGCAUUCUACAAGCAAUCCCUGUCCGCAGUUAAGGACGCACGCAAUCUGCUAAAGAAGGAGGGCGCGCCGUUCUCGCGACCAGCAGACUACUUCGCCGAGAUGGUGAAGGACGACGAGCACAUGGGCAAGAUCAAGCAGAAGCUGAUGGACGAAGCCGCCGGCAAGAAGGCAUCGGCCGAAGCCAGGAAACAGCGCGAUCUGAAGAAGUUUGGAAAGCAGGUGCAGGUUGCGAAGUUGCAGGAGAGGGCAAAGGAGAAGCGCGACACCAUGGACAAGAUCAACCAGCUCAAGCGAAAACGAUCUGGUGCCGAAGUUACCAACACCAAUGAAGAAGACCUCUUCGACGUCGAGCUUGACAAGUCUGAUAAGCCCGACCGUCGCGACCGCGAAGGAGGCGGCAACUUCAAGCGCCAGAAGAAGAACGAGAAGUUCGGUUUCGGCGGUAAGAAGCGGCACGCAAAGAGCAACGACGCACAGUCGAGCGCAGACGGCCGGGGCUUCUCACAUAAGAAGAUGAAGGGCAAGGCGGGCGGUGCAGCGAAGAGGCCGGGUAAGGGUCGAAGGAUGAAGAGCAGGUAG